AACGACCAUGGAUGUAUGAUAAGAACUGACUCAUCGACCUUAUCACAUGGGUGUUUUAUAAUCCGUUUUAUCCACUCGUUUGGGAGCAGCGGCUCUUGAAAGUGAACCUGGCUCUUAUGCACAACUGUGCAUGUACUACACGGAAGCAUGAUUUUGUGGAUUUCCUUUAUACAUCAAUGUUUUGGAUUCACUCCUGAUUGCGAAUCGAGUUGACUAGUUCCUCUUUAAGACUCGUUCAAAAAGAACGAUUCUUUUGUGAACCUAACAUCACUAAAAACAAGCCGUAGGAGGACAAGUGGAUCAGUAAACACGUGUUUCUACUGCAGCAGGAACGUGGAGGUAAACUCACAACACUGAAACGCUAACGACUCUCUCUUUAGCUAUUUGUCUACACAUCCCACUAUGAAGUACAUCCUGGUUACCGGUGGUGUCAUAUCUGGUAUUGGUAAGGGCAUCAUUGCCAGCAGCGUGGGAACAAUCCUAAAGUCCUGCGGCCUUCACGUCACAGCCAUCAAAAUUGAUCCGUACAUUAAUAUUGAUGCUGGCACCUUUUCUCCAUAUGAACAUGGUGAAGUGUUUGUUCUCGAUGAUGGCGGGGAGGUGGAUCUGGACUUGGGGAACUAUGAGCGUUUCCUGGACAUCUGUCUUACCAAAGACAACAACCUCACCACUGGACGGAUCUACCAGUCAGUCAUCAACAAGGAGAGGAGGGGAGACUACCUGGGCAAGACUGUACAGGUGGUACCACACAUCACAGAUGCCAUCCAGGAGUGGGUGAUGAAGCAGGCCAGGAUCUCGGUAGAUAGUGAUGGUGUGGAGCCUCAAGUUUGUGUCAUAGAGCUGGGAGGCACAGUGGGGGACAUUGAGAGUAUGCCCUUCAUCGAGGCCUUCAGGCAGUUCCAGUUCAAGGUGAAGAAGGAGAACUUCUGCAACAUUCAUGUCAGCCUGGUACCACAGCCGAAUACCACAGGAGAGCAGAAAACCAAACCGACCCAGAACAGUGUCCGAGAGCUCAGAGGGCUAGGCUUGUCUCCAGACUUGAUAAUGUGCCGCUGUACAUCGCCCCUAGAAACCGCUGUUAAGGAGAAGAUCUCCAUGUUUUGUCAUGUGGAGCCCACACAGGUGAUCUGUGUCCAUGACGUCUCCUCAGUCUACAGAGUGCCCCUGCUGCUGGAGGACCAGGGUGUUGUGAGCUACCUCUGUCAGAGGCUGAGCCUGCCCAUCGAGAUGAGGCCCAGGAAGAUGCUCGCAAAGUGGAAGGAGAUGGCUGACAGAUCUGCCCGUCUCUUGGAGCAUGUCUCUAUAGCCCUGGUGGGAAAAUACACAAAGUUAUCUGACUCCUACACCUCCGUUAUAAAGGCCCUAGAGCACUCCGCCCUCGCCGUUAAUCACAAACUAGAAGUCAAGUACAUAGACUCUGCAGACCUUGAGACUACCACUCUGCAAAAUGAGCCUGUGAAAUAUCAUGAGGCCUGGCAAAAACUCUGCAGUUCUCAUGGUGUGUUGGUACCAGGAGGUUUUGGUGUAAGAGGGACAGAAGGCAAGAUGCUAGCUAUUAACUGGGCGAGGAAACAGAAUAAGCCAUUCUUAGGAGUUUGUUUGGGCAUGCAGCUGGCAGUGUGUGAGUUCGCCCGCAAUGUUCUCGGAUGGGAAGAUGCCAACUCCACAGAAUUUAAUCCAGAAUCCACUCACCCCGUGGUGAUUGACAUGCCAGAGCACAACCCAGGACAGAUGGGUGGGACUAUGAGGUUGGGGAAGAGGCGGACUAUUUUCAAAUCCAGCACCAGUGUACUGAGAAAACUGUAUGGAGAUGUGGAAUAUGUUGACGAGAGGCACAGACACAGAUUUGAGGUGAACCCAGAGCUGAAGCACCACUUUGAAAAAAGGGGUCUUCAGUUUGUCGGCGAGGACGUGGAAGGAGAGAGAAUGGAGGUCAUUGAAUUGGAUGAUCAUUGUUACUUUGUUGGAGUGCAGUUCCAUCCAGAGUUCACCUCGAGGCCCAUCAAACCUUCUCCUCCAUACUUUGGUCUCCUGCUGGCUGCUGCAGGAAAACUCCAGAGCUACCUGGCCAAGGGCUGCCGUCUCUCGCCACGGGACACUUACAGCGACCGCAGUGGCAGCAGCUCUCCUGAAGUUGACAUCUCUGAGCUGAAGUUCCCCUCUUUGUCUUGAUACUAAAACACAUAACACACUAAAGUGUAUCACUUAUGCAGAUGAAUGCCCAGAGGAAAAAAAAGAACUCUGCUCUUAACUGACUGCUACAAUACCAUUUUUACAUUCUGAUAGGUACAAUAUGUUGCUUAAUAUAUUAAAGGUGCUCUGAGCAAUGUCACGCGUUUUUUAGGCUACAACAUUUUUGUCACAUACAGCAACCAUCUCCUCACUAUCCACGAGCUGCCGGUCCCCUGAACACA